AUGUCCGUGGGAAUUAUCUUUGUCUGUGUCGUAGUUUGCAGUUUACAUAUAACAUAUGCAGAGGUUUCAAAGAGGAAUCAGUUCGUGUAUCCUGGUCCAAUAAAAGACAUAGACAUUAGUAAAUACCAAACCGUUAACAAGCCUGACUCAUGUGACGGUCUCACAUAUUGCUCGGUUAAGCCAAAUGACUACCCUCAAGAGCGGUUCAAUAAAAUGUAUGAAGGAAAAAUUCUAGAGCCUAUGUUCCAGCCAAUUGCGCUACAGGUAGAUGAUCGACAAGGAGAUCCGGCCAUGAUCAAUAAUUGUGAAACGAAUGUUACGUUUGGGCCCCUCUACACAGUGCUCAGCCAAAGCGGUGAGUGGCGUACCGUAAUUCAAGCUCCUGAAAAAAAUUUUCUUCAAGCGGCCCGGCUUGAGACUUGCAAGGAGGCAGACACUCCAUGUUUUUUGAAAUAUAAGUCUCCGCCUAACUUAAGAGCUACCUGUAGGCAACAAUAUAAUACUAUGGAGUUUCUUGUCGAUGACAACAAAGGAGGUACUGAAAAGAUACAUGCGGACCUGCCCAUAUGCUGUUCUUGUCAUUAUAAGACAAAAGAUUAA